AUGGAAAACUACGAGCAAGAAUUUCUAUGGACUUUCACUAACAAUGAUUUCAUGCCUCAGCCUACAAUGGAGUAUCACAGCAUUGGUGCCCAAACUAUCGACCCGGAUGACCUUUGGCUUUUUGAACGUCCAUUUGAGGAUGAAUGUGUCAAAAAAAACCCAGUCCAAAGUGAAUCAGGCAGUCCAGUCAAGUCAGCAUUAAUGAAUGAGAUCUGGGUCCCUGGUAAAACCACGGAGGACUUUUCUGUCACUCUCUCCGAUUCUCCUCAUUUACCCGAGGACUUGACAAGCCUUAAGACUCACAAUAACAAAAUGUCUAUGGCACUCAUUCACCGCUUAACUCUGGAAGGGUUCGGAAAGAACACUGAGUCGUGCUCCCUUCAAGAAGCGCGAAGAUCGACUCUACAGUUCAACAAUGGGGAAGCAGUUGAUGCCACCAUUCCUAGGACUCUGGAAGUUAAGCGCACGAUGGUAGCAUUGAUAAUUCGUGCCAUUCAGACCGACAAGCAAGGUAGCAACCCAGAGGAUGCCCUUGUGCCAUUUAUUCCUGGACGAGCAACUCCUCAGAGCGUUGAAUAUACAGCUUGGACUAUUCUAGUAAGGCUUUAUUUCCCCUUCUUUCACCUUUAA